ACACUCAGCUAUCGACAGCCGACAACAUGAAGGGUUUUUUGAUCUGUCUUGCCAUCAUCUCCGCCGCGAGCGCUGACCUGCGCGACAAGCGCGGAGCCGCGUGGCCGGGUCUGCACGGUGCCUACGGUCAUGGUGCCUGGGGCGGUCACGGUGCCUGGGGCGGCCACGGUGACUGGGGUCACCACGGCGUUGCCCUCGCAGGCCCAGUCGUAGGACCCGCCAGCCUUGCCGGACCCCACGCCGGACCCUCUGCCCUCGCUGGACCCGUCAUCGGACCCUCUCAUCUGUCUGGAUCCGUUGCCGGAGCCGCCCAUGUCUCCGGAGCCGUUGCUGGACCCGCUGUCAUCUCCGCCUCCGUCGCUGGACCCGCUCACGUUGAGGGCUAUCAUGGUGGUCAUUGGGACGGCGGUGAUCAUUGGGGUUACGGCGCUGGAUACGGUGCCCACGGCUGGGCCGGACACGGUGCCGGUCACGGCUGGGCCGGACACGGUUGGGCUGGACACGGUGCCCACGGUGCCGUCCUUGCUGCCCCAGGCCACCACGGAGUCGUAGCUGUCGGUCCCGCUCACCACGGAGCCGUCCUCGCCGGACACGGACAUCACGGCGCCAUCCUCGCCGGACCCCACGGACACGGUGUCGCCCUCGCUGGACCCCACGCCGGACCCGUCGCCGUCAGCGGACCCCACGCCGGAGCCGCUGCCGUCUCCGGACCCGACGCCGGUUCCGCCGUCAUCGCCGGACCCUCCGGCAAGAUCACGACGCACGGUGCCGGUCACGGCGCUGCCAUCGUCACCGGACACGGACACGGACACUGGUAAACCGCCCAGCGGACGCGCCCCCAGUAUAGAUAGCUAGCCAACGACAACAAGAACAACAGGAACAACAACAAGAUUAACGCGGAACUCAAACUGCCGAUGAAAUCGAACGCCUGCGGAAUGUGUACCUGAGCAUAUAUCCAGAAACAUCGCCGGAGAGGACGAGGACAAGUGCCAAACACCGAGGGCGGAGUCUACACGCCGCGCUCGGAUUUCGUGUACCGAAUUAGCCGCUCGAUCUCGCACUCGCACGACGAUGCCCGCCUGCCGUAUGCCUCAACCAUACUUCUCUCUAUGUCUUUUCCACCCUUCUUCUCUAUACUGUUUUGAUACCUCUGUUAUACUGUCUUUCCGUACACCUUUCUGUCGCGGGAGAUUCAUGCCAUUGAUAUAUACAUACAAUAUAUAUGUGUUAUAUGUAUAAAUACCAUUUUUUUUAUACGACUCGAUGAGAGAAAAUUGGCGGUGUAUGUAAAUAUAAGUAGAUACACGCUCAAUAAACGCACGAUUAAUAAUCAUGAUU